AUGGUGGAUGACACCUGUGCUGUGGGAGGGCCGGGAGGGCCCGGAGGCCCUGGAAUGGGAGGCCACAGAGGCUUCGGCAGCGGCAUCCAGGGCCGGGGCCGGGGUCGUGGUCGGGGCCAGGGCCGAGGCCGCGGAGCUCACAGAGGCAAGGCCGAGGACAAGGAGUGGCUCCCCGUCACCAAGCUAGGCCGCCUGGUCAAGGACGUGAAGAUCAAGUCCCUGGAGGAGAUCUAUCUCUUUUCUCUGCCCAUCAAGGAAUCUGAGAUCACUGACAUUUUCUUGGGGUCAUCCCUCAAGGACGAGGUUUUGAAGAUCAUGCCUGUGCAAAAGCAGACCCGUGCUGGCAAGCGGACCAGGUUCAAGGCAUUUGUUGCCAUCUGGGAUUACAACGGACAUGUUGGUUUGGGUGUGACGUGCUCUAAGGAGGUAGCCACUGCCAUCUGUGCGGCCAUCAUUCUGGCCGAGUUCUCCAUCGUCCCGGUGCGACGAGGCUACUGGGGGAGCAAGAUUGGCAAGCCCCAUUCUGUCCCUUGCAAGGUGAUUGGCCACUGUGGCUCUGUGCUGGUGCGCCUCAUCCCUGCCCCCAGGGUCACUGGCAUCGUCUCAGCCCCUGUGCCCAAGAAGCUACUGAUGAUGGCUGGAAUUGACGACUGCUACACCUCUGCCAGGGACUGCACUGCCACGCUGGGCAACUUCGCCAAGGCCACUUCUAAUGCCAUUUCCAAGACCUACAGUUAUCUCACUCCUGAUCUCUGGAAAGAGACCAUGUUCACCAAGUCUCCAUAUCAGGAAUUCACUGACCAUCCUGUAAAGACCCACACCAGAGUUUCCAUGCAGAGGACCCAGGUUCCAGCUGUAGCCACCACAUAG